AUGUCUCAUUCAAGUAGCAAUAAUAAUUUAAAGAUACCGCCGGUGUCGUCGUCAAACCAGGCAGCCAAUCUGUCGUCCGACCAUCAUCAUCAUGAUCACCAUAGACAACGUUCCAUUUCAGCUGCCACGAUAAAUCCAGAAACAGGUACAUUGAUGAACAAUGAACAGAUGGUUUCUAACUCAUCUACCAAUAUAACUUCAAAUUUGAGAACAGCGGCUACUACUAAUGUUGAUAUUCCUCCAGACAUGGCCAUUCUAUUGCAAAAAUUGGACGAAGACUUUUUGGUCAACAAAGUUAUUGACCAAUGGACAUUUAUAAACAGAAGAGAAGAAAUCAUGCAAUCAAUCAAUCGAUUACACCAGAAACUGCAGCAAGAUGAAUUUUUACAACUUGAUCCCACACAGCUAGAACGUCCUUUAAAUCCACGAAAAGCAACCAGCGAAUGGCAGGAAUUGAGUCCUCAUAGUUUGAUGGAUAUAUUGGCCUAUAGAGGAACAAUCUAUAAAACAGACUUGGCUUUCAUAGUUUUGGACUCUAAAGGUAAGGAAGUCAAUUCUAUAAGUUGGGAGAAGUUAUACUUGAAAGCAGUUAAAGUGGCUUAUGAAAUUCAACACAAAAUGAGUAUGAAGAAUUCAGAUACAGUGGUUUUAUUGUACAAGGAUGGUGAAGUCGCUGAAUUUGUGGUUGCUUUAUUUGGUUGUUUUAUGGCCGGAGUAACUGCCAUUCCAAUCCAUCAAGAUAUAUCGUUGAGUGAGGUGUUGAACAUCAUAAACUUGACUUCGUCCAAAUUAUUGCUUUACUCAGAAACUGUUGCAAAGGAAUUGGAUAGAUUGACUACUCAAAAUCUGAGAAUUUCUUGGCCAUCAAAGCUCACCCGAUGGAGAACAACUGACUUUGGGUCAGCCAAGAAGUCUGAAGUGUCCCAUUGGAAUUCUAAACAACAAAAAUUGAAAAAAGAAAACAAAAGUGCCAAUGAUUCCAAUUUGGCUUAUGUGGAGUUUUCCAGAUCGCCGGUGGGUGAGUUGAGAGGGAUAGCCUUGAGUCAUAGAACAAUACAUCAUCAAAUGCAUUGCCUUGAUGCAACGCUUCUGUCUCUACCGAAUUCGGGAGGUGGUCUUCAAAGAAGCUACAAGAAAUACCAGGCGGAUAAAAAAGUGGUGUUGGCUACGCUAGAUAUAAGGUUCUCUAUUGGUAUUAUUCUCGGGGUGUUGUUUGCUGUGUAUUCUGGUAAUGUUCAUAUCUGGGCGCCUCAAAGGGUAAUGGAAGUCCAAGGGUUAUAUGCCAACUUAAUUUCAAGAUGCAAAGCGUCAUUGUUGUUGGCUGAUUACUUUGGUUUGAAACGAGUAACAUAUGAUUACCAGCAAUCACCAAGUGCCACGAGAUAUUUUUCAAAGACCCAACGUGUUGAUUUUUCGUCUGUCAAGUGGGUUUUAGUGAAUGCAUUAACUAUAGACGGGGAAUUUAUGGAAAUCUUGUCACAAAGAUAUUUGCGUCCCUUAGGAUGCCAACGUCCAGAUAAUGCCAUUAUCCCUAUGUUAACUUUGAGUGAAUAUGGUGGUAUGGUAAUUUCACUUAGAGAUUGGAUUGGAGGUAAAGACAAGUUGGGAAUUCCUAUUCGCGAUGAAGAGUCUAGUGAUCUUUCGUCUGUUUUGAUAGAUAAAGAUGCACUUUCGCGAAACAUUGUCAAAAUUGUUGAAACCAACCCUUCGGCAAACGACGAUAUUGCACCGGAUCUUUUAAGAGUCGAUGCAUUUGGGUAUCCGUUACCAGACGCUACAUUAGCUGUUGUGAACCCCGAGCUGUCCAUUUUGGUGAACAAAGGUGAAUUGGGAGAAAUUUGGAUUGACAGUCCUUGUUUAUCGGGUGGUUUUUAUGGUUUGAGAAAGGAAUCGAAGCUGAUUUUCCAUGCAAAAUGCCGUGGGGCCAAUGGUUUCUUGGAUAUGGAUUUUUUGAGAACCGGUUUGUUGGGGUUUACUUAUAAUGGGAAAGUGUACGUUCUUGGAUUGUAUGAAGAUAGAAUACGACAAAGAGUUAGUUGGAUUGAUCAAGCAUUGUAUCAGAAAAUGAAUAAAGAGUUUGUUAUUGGGACCGGAUCACGAUACCAUUAUUCAUCACAUUUGUUAGCAACAUUGGCAAGUGAAGUGAAGCAAGUUUAUGAUUGUACCAUUUUUGAUAUUUUCAUUGGUAAUGAAUAUUUACCGAUUGCAAUUGUUGAAGCUGAAGUUGUUAGAAAACAGGUUGCUGAAGAUGCAAGCACAACCGAUGUUUCCACUUCAGGAGGUGCAAAAUCCAGACUUGAGCUGGAUUAUGUUGGUGGGGUUCCGCUUAAUGAAUCUGUAUUGAAUGCCAUUGCCCAAAAGUGUUUUGAUGCGUUGUACAGAAGACACUUUUUGCGAUUAUAUUGUGUGUUGGUUGUUGAUUGUGAUACUUUACCCAAGAUCAUGAGAAGUGGGGGUCGAGAAAUUGCCAACAUGUUGUGUAAGAAAAAAUUCCUCGAAGGAUCUUUGAGAGCUGAUUUUGUUAAAUUCUUUAUAAGAAACUCGAUUAGUAUGAUACCUCAUGGUGAAGAUAUUAUCGGCGGUAUUUGGUCACCAAUUGUUUCAGACAUACGAGACACGACACUUACAACUUUUCCUGACCAAUAUUCCACCAUUGACUAUAGAGAAAAAUCUAUUGACGACAAAACGGGUGCUCCUUUAACUGAUUUCAAAACCAUUAUUGAUAUCUUGAAAUUUAGGGUUGCUAAAUCCGGUGAUUCAAUUGCAUUCCACAAUGUUGACAAUAAUGGGAAAUCCAAACCUUUAACGUGGAAAAAAUUUGAAACGCGUGUUUACGCCGUGUGUCAAUAUUUAAUUGAAAAGGCAAACAUAAAAGCUGGUCAAUAUGUUAUCCUUAUGUAUUCUCUUUCCGAAGAGUUUGUGAUUGCGGUAUAUGCCUGUUUGAUGUGUGGUAUUAUCCCAGUUCCAAUGUUGCCAUUUGAUUCCAACAGAAUUGGAGAGGAUUUCCCGGCGUUUGUUGGUGUGAUCAGAGAUUUCGAUGUGUCGGAAAUUUUGGUUAAUGAUGAGGUGGAAAAAUUCUUGAAGAAUGGUCCUGUUGCAGAUUCAUUAAAGAAAAUCGCUCACAAGAGAGUCAAGUCAUUGAAGAUAAAAAAUACUGUAAAGCUAUCGAAAGUGUCUAAUUUGGCUUCAUUAAACUCCAAGAUUGCUAGCUAUCAAGCUGCCGUGAAUUUCAGAGACGACAACACUACUGCGAUGGUUUGGUUAAAUUUCACUUCAGACCAUUAUCGUGUGGGUGCAACUUUGAGUAACAAGAACAUCAUUGGGGUGUGUAAGGUAUUUAAGGAAACCUGCAACUUGAGUUCCCAGUCUUCAAUUGUGGGAUGUGUUCGACACGCUUCUGGAAUUGGGUUUGUACAGGCCUGUUUGUUGGGGGUCUUUUUGGGCACAACUACAUAUUUGAGUUCGCCAGUUAGUUACGCUGAGAAUCCAUUGCAGUUCUUUUUGACUCUUGCAAAGUAUAAAGUGAAGGAUGUUUUUGUCACCGAACAAAUGCUUAAAUAUGCAGCAAUCAAGUUUAAUCCAAAGGGAUUCAAUUUGUCAAACUUGAAGAAUAUGAUGAUCAGUACAGAGAAUAGAGUCGAAAUCGAUUUAUUGAGAAAGAUUUCCAAAGUAUUUCAACCUACGAAACUUAGUGCUGCUGCUAUGUCAACGGUUCACAGUCAUUAUUUCAACCCAAUGAUAGCAACCAGAUCAUACAUGACAGUUGCUCCGGUUGAUCUUUUCUUGGACCCAAUUGCCCUUCGUCAAGGUUAUAUUUCUGUUGUCAAUCAAGCUGAAGUUCCAAACGCGUUGCAUAUUCAAGAUUCGGGAAUGGUACCUGUUUGUACUGAAAUUGCUAUUGUCAACCCCGAAACUAGAAAAAUCUGUAAAGAAGGUGAAUUUGGGGAGAUUUGGGUUUGUUCAGAAGCAAAUUUGACAUCAUUCACAAAUGGGCCAAAGGGUCCAGUUGAUCAUUUUGCCCAGACUCAGUUCAGAGGUGUUAUUGCCAAUGGUAAUCCGGAUGUUACGUAUUUGCGUACUGGUGAUCUAGGGUUCUUGCAUAAUGUUUCAGUGACCAAGAACAAUGCUAAAGAGAGUGACAAUGAAAUUUCCACUUUCCAGCCACUAUUUGUUUUGGGUAAAAUUGCUGAUACCUUUGAAGUUAUGGGAUUACAUCAUUUCCCAAUAGAUAUUGAAAACACUAUUGAAUCAUGUCACUCGGAUAUUUACAAGAACGGUUCAUGUGUGUUUAAAUGUUCUGAUUAUACCAUUGUUGUAUGUGAGUCAAAACGUACUAAAUAUUAUGCUUCGUUGGUUCCACUUAUUGUCAACACCAUAUUAAGUAAGCACCAUGUGGUUAUUGAUAUAGUUGCUUUCAUUAAAAAGGGUGAAUUCCCAAUUUCAAGAUUGGGUACUAAACAAAGAGCAAGAAUUGUUGAUGCUUGGGUACAAGGAGUUAUUCCGAUUAGUGCCUCCUAUGGUGUUAAUUAUGGUGAGAAUAGUAUGAUAAAGCUUGUGCAAGAGAUUGAUAUUGUGGCAAGAGAUGAUCCAAUUACAGGGUUAAAGAACCCAGCCGCUGCAUAUUACGAUGCUGCAGAUGAUGAUGAUGUAUUUGAUACUAACAGGCCGGCACUAGUCUUGAAUGAUGGCGAAUAUGCACCAUUUGGCCAAAAGGCAGAAUUUUCCCUUGGAAAUUAUAGUAAUAGCUUGGUAUCAGAAUAG